AGCACCCAUUUAUAUAUUGUACCAGCAGCCCAGUGAAUGAAAUAUCUUGACAAACUAUCGGAGUCUUUGUUUCAUAUGGGAACAUUGGAACAGGCAUCGAAUUUCCAAAAUGCAAUUUCGACUAAAACCACUUUAGCUGAUGGCCGGUAGUCUGCCAGAAUGCUGCAGUUUCCGCAGACAUCAAUCGUCAUCCUUUUGCCCGAUUAACUUAAAGUUCUCCACCGCUGUUCCGAGUGAGCCAGCAAACGCAUGUCGCGACUCAGGACCACACUCGACAGCGUCACCAAGGCAGUAGGCAGCACGGAUCUCAUCUCCAAGUUCUCCCGCUUCAAGCCUGGCAGUGCCACAGUCGACAGCACCCAUGCGGAAAAAGCCCUGGCCAAAGCCGAGACCUUAGCCUCUACCAGCUCAGCUACUGCCUCGCCACCAGAAACCACCAUGAAAGAAGAAGAGGAAGAUGGUGACAGGAACACAGCGGAGGAGGAGUUAGACAAGCAAUGCCAGCAAGUUGCAGAAAAGCCCUUCGUUGCCACAAAGAAGUCCGCAUCCAGUUUGGCCUCCUCAGCUAAUGUGUCUGCGCCGAGCUCUUCCUCGACUGUGGCGAAACAAACGAUGCAGCUGUUUCACCCAGCAGCUCUGUCCGCCAACAUGGAUGAGACGUAUAAAACUCUGGCUCAACACAUCAACAGUUACUUUGGCACCACUACACAAGUGGAAGAUGGAAACGACAGGCCACCGCAGCAACACAGAGGAGGAGGUGAUCCUGUUUCUGAGCCCAUUCUGAGUGCUGUUCCUCAGACAGCUGAGAACCACAUUCCUAUUUUGUCCCCAGUGGCAGAGGCUAAAAGUAUUGAUGCACCCACUACCUCUCCUCCAGCUCCAUCAGAAAAACUCAAUCCUCCAGUAGGGACACCCUCUUCAGACAUCCCUGCAACUGAAAGCGCAGCUCGGUCCAUCCCUGCGCCUGCUACCUCCCCUAAAAAGGGCUUCACCCACUAUCUUUCCUACCCUCGGCCCAGCGUUCAGGCGUUUGUCGGCAGCUACAUCGCACCCCUGGUCCCCAAAUUCAGAGGCGAUUCCAAAAGCGUUGCAGCUGAAAAAGACAAGUCUCCAGCAGUCACCCUGGAAGAGUCCCCUGUGGACAAGGCAGUAGAGAAAACAGAGAGUGAAGAGGAGAGAGUGAAGCAACAGCUGUUGACUCAGAGAGAGAAGAUAAUAGCCAGAGUGAGUGUAGACAACAAGACCAGAGCCCUGGUGAAAGGCCUGCAGAGGGUCACUGAUGUCAAGCUCCUCACCAGUCGAGUGGAAGAGCUCAGCUAUCACCUCCUGGAGUUCCCUGAGACGCGAGGUGUAGCUGUCAAGGAGCGCGUGCUGCCCUGCCUACUGCGUUUGCGCCAGGCCAGAGACCUUCCUCUUCAGGCUGCAGUGAGAGAAGGGCUGGCCCUCGUUGGCUACACUGAACCCGUCAAAGGCAGAGGAAUUCGGGUCCUGGCCAUAGACGGAGGAGGAACGAGGGGACUGCUGGCUCUGCAGACUCUCCAUAAACUGCAGAACCUGACCGGCAAACGAAUCCACCAGCUGUUCGACUACAUCUGUGGAGUCAGCACAGGCGCCAUUUUGGCCUUCAUGCUGGGAAUUUUCCAGAUCCCCUUAGAGGAGUGCGAGGACAUGUACAGGAAGCUGGGAGCGGAUGUCUUCAAACAGAACGUCAUUGUUGGAACCGUCAAAAUGGGCUGGAGCCAUGCUUUCUAUGACAGCGAAAUAUGGGAAAACAUCCUGAAGGAGCGGAUGGGCGAGGGCCAUAUGAUUGAGAGUGCCAGAGACCCACACUGCCCCAAAGUGUCAGCAGUGAGCGCCAUUGUGAACAGGGGUUUACCCCUGAAGGCUUACGUUUUUAGGAACUACAGGCUCAUGCCAGGAGUGAGAUCCCACUACCUUGGAGACUGCAAACACAAAAUGUGGCAGGCUAUCAGGGCCUCGUCUGCCGCCCCGGGCUACUUCCAGGAAUUUGUCCUGGGAAAAGACCUCCAUCAGGAUGGAGGACUCCUAAUCAACAACCCCACAGCGUUGGCCAUCCAUGAGUGUAAGUGUCUGUGGCCAAACACACCGCUGCAGUGUGUGUUGUCUCUGGGCACCGGACGGUAUGAGACGGCGGGCAAGAACAGCGCGACCUACACGAGCCUCAAGGCCAAGCUCACCAACGUCAUCAGCAGUGCCACAGAUACAGAGGAGGUGCACACCAUGCUGGACGCUCUCCUGCCCCCCGACACCUACUUCCGCUUCAACCCCUACAUGAGCGAGGACAUCCCGCUGAACGAGAGCCGCGUGGAGAAGCUGAACUUCCUCAAGAGCGAGGGGGAGCGCUACCUGGAGCGCAACGAGGCCAAGCUGAGGAAGGCGGCGAGCGUGCUGGGCCAGGAGAAGAGCGCCAUCCAGAGACUGGCCGAGUGGGCCAAGCUCAAGGGCGACAUGUACGAGGGCCUCCCCUUCGUCUCCAAGCUGUAGUCAGUGGCCAUGAGAGAGAGUUUUUAAGGUAAGAAGACAUGAAGUGUAAAACCACCCAGGACCUGAUAGAUGAACUGUUGAAAAGGAAACAAACUGGACACAUUUUUAAGCAUCUGGGCGCAAUUUAGAGGGAAGAAACAAAUAACUGGUUCACACUGUUUGAUUAUGAUCAUUAACACUAAAAGGACUGUUUGAGAAAUGUAUAACUAUGGUUAUUUAUUCAAAAAGACAACACAGUAAAUAAUAGUGUGGAAUUACAAAUGUGAUGUAAUUUGUUCUUUAUGGGACAGAAUGUGUCUGUAAUGCAGACAUACAGACAUGGUUUGAAUAGAACUCAGCAGGUUUUGACACUAUGAUGAAAUCAUUGACUUGUUCAGAGUAAGGAAACGUAUGUUUACACAAGUUCAUAAAUAUAUGAAUGAUGAGAUGGAUAAAGUGUUGGUCAACUGAAUGCACAAAGUUGACGGUGAUGUGGCUCUGACACAGGACCACAUCAUGCAGAAUUCAUGGUAAUAUGAUUACUGUAGUUAUUUUGUAAAGAAAUAAGAGUGAUGUUCAUUUGCAUUUCGGUAACUUGAAAACAUUAAGAAGCAAUUAAAACAUGAUUGCACAAUGAAACGCGACUGCCGAUUUCUUAGACUGUACAGAGGUAAGACCUCAUGCACUUUGUAAAAUGUCAUUCUUAACCAUGAAAAUGUAAAUAGUAUUUGAAGUAACUAUGAAUACUCUCGCUAGAAUCUAAGAAUAUGACAAAAACAAUACAGCUGAUUCUUCAUUUCACUGUCCUGUAUUGGCACAUAGAGCCACACUGACAUCUGCUUUAAUCCUAAUGAGAAAGUAUCAGAUUGCCGUUCUCCUCGUGGUGCCAAGCAUGUUCUCCGUCGUGGCCUGUUACCCCAGUCUGGAGCUUUUGCCUUUAACUUUACUCAAGCCUGAAUUCCUCAGUCCUGGCUGUUGUUCAUGCGCACCUUGUGAAUUUGACACACUUUUUAAAUUUGCCCUGAUUCCUCACUCCUUUAUUGCUUGGUGGAAUGUGAAAAUACAAAAAAAAAAUGUCAUGAAAAAAUAAAAUUUGGUCUUCAAAACCUUGA